AUACAGCUCACAAUUCACAAAAGCGCAGAGAGAGAGAGAGAGAGAGAGAGAGAGAGAGAGAGAGAGAGAGAGAGAGAGAGAGAGAGAGAGAGAGAGAGCGGCUUCGCAAUGAACUGGGAUGAUAAAAAGGAGAAGGCAGCAGCAGCCAUGUUAACAGCAGAAGAAGCACCCAGGCCAAACGCUGACAUGGAAACGCAUUUUGCAAACGGCGGUAGAAAACGGAGAAAGCGCAACCAUAAAAUCUGUAUCGGCGUCACUCUCCUAAUCCUUCUCCUCAUCUUUAUAGUUCUCCUCCUCUUAGGCCUUACUCUCUUCAGACCCAAAAACCCAACAGCCACCGUGGACUCCGUCGUCGUCGACCAGCUUCGAACUUCCGUCGACGUCCUCAACCUCAAGGCCAACUUAAACCUAACGCUCCAGGCUCAUCUCGCCUUGAAAAACCCAAACCGGGUCGGAUUCAGCUUCGGUUCCACGUCGGCGUUGCUUAACUACAAAGGCCAGUUGGUCGGCGAAGCGCCGCUCCCGGCGAACAGAGUCGGGCCGCAGAAAACGCUGCAUAUGAACAUAAAACUUACUCUAAUGGCGGAUAGACUACUCUCCGAGUCGCAGGUUUUCAGUGACGUCAUGUCUAGUUCCAUCCCGGUCAACGCUUUUGUCAAGGUCGCCGGGAAAGUAAGCGUCUUCAACAUGUUCAAGAUUAAAGUGAAGUCGUCUGCUUCCUGCGAUGUGACCAUCUCUGUUUCCAGUCGUAACAUUACGAGUCAACAAUGUAAGUAUUCAACUAAGCUCUAGUCUGUCUCCUCCUUAAUCUAUAGAUCUUUUUUUUUAAUCUAUAGAUCUUGUUUACUUGUCUUCUUGUUCUUGAAAUCUCUUAUCUCUUGUGUAUGUAUUAUUUGCUAAAAUCAAAAGGGCAUUUCCUUUUUUUUUUCUCUUUUUUUUCUCCAUUUUCAUAUAAUUCAAUCCAUGUUCAGAUAAUCA